AUGACGAAACGCUCGCCUUCGGCCUCUGAAGAAUCCAACAAAAGACAGGACUCCACCUUCAACCAUGACCAGAUCGUUAGCUUUUUCAACUCCAAAAUCUUCCUGGAUGACUUCCAGAAAUCAUUGAAAACUGACAUUACGGAGAGUCAACCUUACAGAUGGGGCACUGUGACCCAACUUUUCGACGAUACCCUUUUAAGAAACGUACGGAAAGAGGUCCUCAAUGAGAUCGCCUUCACAAAGAAGGAGACUGACAUCUACAAGGUCUUUCAAUCUGGAGAUCUAGCCAAUCUCUCCGGGUUGAACUGGGACGAUUUGUCUCGUUUGCCUUCCUUGUCCAAGCUUCGUGCUGGUAUCUAUUCUGAAGAAUUCAGAGACUUCAUAUCGAAUGUCACUGGGUGUGGAAAGUUGAGCGGUGUGAAAACUGACUUGUCGAUCAACACAUACACCAAAGGGUGCCAUCUUUUGACCCACGACGAUGUCAUUGGCUCCAGAAGGGUCAGCUUCAUUCUCUAUUUGCCUGAUCCUGAUUCUACGUGGAAGCCACACUAUGGCGGUGCCUUGAGGUUGUUCCCUGCUAUUGUUCCAAACGUUCCCAAGGCAGAUUUUGAAUGCAAGUUGACUCCUCAAUUCAAUCAAAUUGCUUUUUUUACCGUGCAACCGGGUCUCUCGUUCCAUGAUGUGGAGGAAGUUAGAGUCGACAAGCAGCGUUUGUCGAUCCAAGGUUGGUUCCACAUUCCCCAAGAGGGAGAGAAGGGCUUUGUCCCCGGUGAACAAGAAGCAACCGAGGCAAAAAGUACAUUGCAACAGCUUCAAACAAAGGAGCUCCAAGAGUAUGAUUUCCCAAAGCCUAUUAGAAACGACUUUGCAGCUAACGAAACCAAGGUUUUAGAAAAAGCUCAGAACGGUGCAUUCACCGAGGCUGAGUACGAGUACUUGAAAACUUUCUUGAGCGAGUCCUACUUGAAACCAGAAAUGAUGGAGAAAUUACAGAAUGCUUUCAUUGAGGACUCAGUCAUCGAGCUCAAGGAAAUCUUGGAGAAAAAGUAUGCCGAUGCUCUCCAACACACUCUCCGUACCACAGAGCUCGAAAAGCGUGUUCCUCAAACAUCCGCUGGCGUGGAGUUUCCUUGGAAGUGCGCUGUUCCUCCUCACAAGCAGCGGUUUAUGUACAUUGACGGUACCACUGACUUUGAAUUGACCGAGGAGGCAAUUAAUCACGUAAACAAUGUCGGACCACAACAACUCCCCAACUUCCAGCUUGUUAAAAGAUUGGCUGACGAAGAGGCAGACAAGAAGAUGUUGGACCUUCUCAGCUUCAUGAAGUCAGCAGCCUUCCGCAAGUGGUUGGUAUAUAUUACUGGUCUUUUCCCAACAAGCGAUCAGCUUUUGGCACGUAAAUUUAGACCAGGACAGGAUUUUAUCCUUGCGACUACCACUGACAAAAAAUUGGCUCGUGAGGGUGAGUUGAAUGUGCUACUCGAGGCUACAUUGGGAUUGACUCCCACGGCAGUAAACCCAAAGAACUGGGAGUCUGGAGACUUUGGUGGCUACGAGGUCUGUAUGGCUCUCAAUACGGACAGUGAUGGAGAGUUUGAAGAUGACGAUCCUGCCAUCUACAAGGCCAGUGAUCCUUCAGACGACUCAGUGCUUUACACCAGUCAGUGCAAAUGGAACACGAUGUCGCUCAUGUUGAGGGAUCCAAGCGUUUUGAAAUUUGUAAAAUACGUCAGCAUUGAUGCCAAAGGCUCCAGAUGGGACAUAAGUGGACAGUGGAAUGUCAAAAGUAAUGAUGAAGAAGAGUCUACAUGA